GGUCACUGGCCAAGUGAGUAUCCCCAGCCAACGACAACACCAAGCUGCCUCAAUGAAGCCGCGGAUGCGAGCGCUCUGGCUGGGCCUGCUUGCGGCUGGCGGGACCUCAGGCGCGCGCGGCUGGACGGUGGGCUGUUUCGGCGAUAGCCACACGGAGGGCAUCUUCGGUGCGGAGUGGGUGCCGCAGCUGCAGCGGCGCCUGCGCCGGGAGUGCCGGAACUUUGGAAGGAACGCCUGGACCUGUGCUUCCGUGCAGCGCUGCGCGGAGCAAGCGCUCUGGAGCCCCAAGGCCACACUCCUGGCGGGCAGCAACGAUGCAAUGAUGGAGCUGGCUGCUGCCGCCGGGAACCAAGGCACUUUUGAGUGGAUCACGGCUAUGAGCGGUUUGAGCAUAUUGGAUGUGGGCGCUGGACGAUGGGGAGCUGCGGAGCGUGCUCUGUGUGGAGUCAUCAGACUUGCUGCUGUCCGCAUCAGCGAGUUCGUUGCCGAGAUUUUGCCUUCGGCGGGGCAGAACCAGUUGCCUGCUGACUACGUGCCCUCGAGGCGGAGCUUCGCCAAAGCCUUCCGCUCUUUGCUGGCGGCGGUGCCCGCGGACCGGGUGGCGGUGCUGAGUUUGCCCCCGCUGGGGGAGGCGCCGAAGGCGGCGAAUUCGGCCGCGGAGCUGCUGGAGGGCUACAACCAGGAGAUCCGUAGCGCUGUUGAAGCGGAUGCCCGUGCCUGCUACGUGCCCUUUGGUGAGGCCUUGCAGUCUGGAGGUCACGGAGGCUUUGAUGCCUCAUCGUUCGGCUUCGCCCAGACCAUUGCUCAAAUGUAUGCGCACACUGCGCUGCAGCAGCUGCCGUUCUUCUCCUUCGACUCGCUGGGAAAACUGUACGGGCGCCAGGUGGUCCAUGACAAGAUCCACCUCACCGAGCGGAGCGCCCGAACGCUUGUGGACCUGGUGGCAGAAGCGCUGUAGGCCCGGAACCCAUGGCCAAGGCAGCACGUGCUUGGGACA